AUGCCCAUCAAAGAAGACCUCACCUCCGGCAUCUCUGCUGUCAAAGUUGAGGUCAGCAAGGUGAAGGAGUUGCUGAAGAUGGUGCAAUUUGAAGUGUGCACCAAUACUGAGGCCAUCAAUGCUUUAAACAGCAAGGUCGAUGAAGUGCAACAUCCAGUGCCGGUCCCUGAACCUUCAUUCACCGACACUGAUCGCCAAACCCUAUAUUGGGUGGCUAAAUUCAAUCUCUUGCAAGCUGAGGCACUUUCAAACCUCGAGUUUCACACAAAAGAUCUUUCACAGCGUCUUAAUGACCUCACCUCUUCCCUUGCUGAUGACAAAGAGGGGGAGAAAGACAUGCCUAUUGAGGAACCUAAAGUUAAAGCUUCUCAUGCUAUGAUCCCUCAUCAUAUUGGGAUUGAAAAGGAUGAAGAUGAUGUCGUUAUAGCGCAUUCUAUAGACGAAGACCUUCCUAUCACCUCUACAAUAAAUGUUGGUGAUGAGGAUAGUGAAGAGGAAGAAGAUGAUGAUCAUGAAGACCUUCCUCUACUUGACGCUGGACGCGAUCUUGGUGAGGAUGAUGAUGAUGAAGACGAUGAUGAUGACUUCACCAUACAGUAUCACACCAGACCAGUACCAGCGUAG